UAUCACUAUUCUGAACCAUGACGUUGGAGGCGAAUUUGGCUGUUGCUGGUCGCCCUAAACCAACCAUCGUGAAUAUAGUUUCCACCGUCAACUUGGGCUGCAAAUUGGACCUAAAGAGGAUUGCGAGCCGUGUCAGAAACGCAGAGUACAAUCCGAAACGGUUUCAUGCCAUCAUAAUGCGAAUCCGGGAACCCAAAACCACCUCUCUCAUCUUCUCCUCCGGCAAGAUGGUCGUCACCGGCGCCAAAUCCAUAGAAGAGACCAAAUUUGCGGCGAGGAAGCACAGCCGAAUCGUCCAGAAAGUAGGGGUUGACGGAGGGGUUAAGGUACAGUUUAUGGAUUUCAAGAUUCAAAACAUCGUGGCAUCCUGCAAUGUCAACUUUGCGGUCAGGCUUGAGACUCUUUCCUUCUCCGAUACUACUCUUGGGUGUGCCUCGUACGAAGCCGAGAUUUUCCCGGGGCUGAUAUACAGGGUUCUGAAACCCAAGGUUGUCCUCCUCAUCUUUGCGUCGGGGAACGUUGUCAUCACUGGGGCCAAGAGCUUCGAGAAUCACACGCUCAAGGCCUGGGAGCAAAUGUACCCUCUUAUUGCACAGCACCGGAGAAACUGCCCCGUCAACCUUGUAACAUCACCGGUCCAAGAAAAAAGUGCACCAAAAAGAGGAAGAAAAAAGAGUGUUCCAUCCAGUUCUGCCUCUGAGCCAGUUAGUUGCUUUUGA